UUCAGUUUGCUGUGUAUGUGCAAAAGGCUAUAGGUGUUAUGUAUAAAGUAAUAUACAUGUAAAGCUUUGCUGACACAAGGAUUAGGAAAGUCUCACUCAUGGCUGCCAUAGGCUGAAACUGGAACAUACUGCAGGAUCAGUCGCAGGGGAACAAGAUAUAUUAUCACAAUCAGUAAAAGAAUAUUCAGGUUUGAAUGAGAUAAUAUGCAAGAAGAUGCAUCAGACUUCAGGACAUGAAAUCUCAAACCCUGUUUUACCUCCGCUUCCACCUGAAGAUACAAAUGAUCUUCCUCCUCCUUACCAAGAGUGUUCUCUGUCUGUUAUCUAUACCCCAACACUUUCUUCUAUGAAUGACCUGCUCCUAAUACCUCCAGAAUACCCACCUUGGCCAUACAACUUCCCUCCACACCGCCCUCCCCCAGACUACUGUGUGCUGCCACCAGCCUACUCCUCGUGCGUUCCUCAUACAAAUCAGGAAGAAAUUGAAAUGUCUUCAUCUGUGAGAACAGAUCUUACAGCAACUUGUCCCCAGCAAGAAACUAGACAAUCAUAUAGAUCAAUGGAUCAUGUAGGUCCCCAGCAAGAACCUAGCCAAUUAGGAGUGCAAUGCUGGUGCAUUUGCAUAAACUUAAUUAUGGCUGUCAUAUUCUUGAUUAUAUUCCCUCCUUUUGGAAUACCCGCUUUCAUCUACAUAAUUAAGUGCUGGAGAUACAAGAUCACGGAAGACUACGUGGCAGCUAAGAAAAAUCUAAAUAGCGGGAUUGGCUGUAACUGUAUCAUGCUGAUGGUGAUAUUGCCAACCUAUAUAUUAGUCAUUAUCGGAUUUGCAUUUAGAUGGCACAUAUGAUUAAGGACUUGUGUGAUGUCAUAUUCUGCUGUCUAUUGCAAUUAAAGGGACAUUAGUUUUUAUGCAAAUGAAUUAACCAAGAAAACGGAUUCUUUAGGUAAUUUGCAGCAAUUUGAAGAAAGAGUCUACACUUAUUUUUUACAGGAAUUGGAAACCCACAAUUUUCAGAAUUAAAUAGAGGAAAAAGGGACAUGUUAUAUUGCAAUAUCAUACUGUUAGUAUCCCUGUAAGAUACGUGCACGCUCCUAAAGCUACUUCAUUAUGUUCUCAUGGAAGAUAUUGAAUUGCAUAGAAUAUUAUAAAACAAGUGGUAGAUUGUAAUGGUGUGAGAGGUGUUUAAUAUCUGCAAACGGAUUAAAGAUACAGUUAUAAUGAACAAUGCAGUACUGAUCCUGAGCUAAGCGCAGCCAGUGAUUGGCUGGGACACAUCUCUAGAUCAGUAGUGCACUCCUGCUCCUCAAACCCCUUUUGUGCUGGGUAUAACUCUGUUCAUGUGAAAGUGAAAUAACAUAAUGCUCAUUACAUUAUCACCACAGAAAUGAUUAUACAGGUAAUUAGCACAUCUAGGAAAGAAUUACUGCUUUCUGUAUACAUUCUGUAUUCAUUGUUAUCAACACACCAGAGAACUCUGGGUAAGAUAUGCAAAUGAGACAUACAACAUAUCAGUUCCUCUUUGGAAAAGCAAACAGGGAUUCUUUCCUAGAUGUGCUAAUUGGCUAUUACUUUUAUGUAAUGGAAUAUGUUAAUAUCACACUUUUAAUCUCCACCAUAACUUAAAUGAAUAUUGCUUUUGCCCUGGAAAUAAGCUUCACCAAACAGCAAAUCAAACCUUUGCUGUUGCCAGCUAAGGAGCUUGAAAUGGGUGUCCAGAUUUUGAUGAGAUUAAACUCUGAACUGGAAGCAAAAUGGAUCAGAUGUUGAAUAUCUCAUUAGCAUAUAUUACCCACAGUUCUCUGGUGCAUGAAAUCCAAAGUAUACUGGAAACAACUGGAAAAAAGCAAGCAGUGAUUCUUGCCUGUAUACAAUAUUAUUGUGACUCUUACUAUUAUGAAAAGGAGAAUAUUAAUAUCACACUUUUAUCUCCACCAUAACUUGAAUCAUUUAUUAGGUAAGGGAUAUACAAUUAAAUUAGAAGUAAAACAAUUCAUACCAUAUAUAUAAUUAGUUUAGAAUAAAUGAGAAUGCAAACAUUACUUUAUUGCUUGUUUAUAAGAGGCACGGUGCCUUGGCAAUCAAGGAAAUUAUAUGUUAUGUUGUCAGCAAAGCCCUGGGAUACUUUACUAUGAGAACACAAUGUCAAUUUGUCACUUCGUAUCUCCUGACUUUAGGUGGAAAAGAUAAAAGGAAAUGACAUUAAAUCACAAAUAACCUUAAUAAAGUAACAGACAAAUGAAA